AUGUUCUGUGUUUUCUUCCACGAGGUUGGUGUUCCACUCCGCUUACGAACUGAUGGAGGACCCCCAUUUUCCAGCCACGAAUUCAAGCAAUUUGUCGACCACUGGGAAGUUCAUGACAUCAUCACUUCUCCACAUUACCCUCAGUCUAAUGGACACGCAGAAGCUGUUAAACACCUUAUCAUCAAGACUGCCCCAUCCGGGAACAUAGAUUGUGAAGCCUUUGAUAGAGGACUGCUGGAGCUUUGGAAUACACCGAACCCUGCUGGACACUCCCCUGCGCAGAUUCUCUAUGGCCAUCCUCUCCGCACUUGUGUUCCAGUUCACCCCAGAUCAUUCACAGAGGAGUGGCAAAGUAAGACUGAAGAUUACGACCGUCGCACUGCUGCCCAAACCGACCAGGCCAUGAGCCUUUACAAUUCUCAUGCACUCCCUCUACCCAAGCUCACCAUCGGCCAACGAGUUAGGAUACAGGAUGCAACGAUGCUUCGAUGGGACAAGGUCGGCAUCGUGAUGGGCUGCGGAAUGUCAAGAAAGUACGAAGUACGCCUUCCAUGUGGUCGUGUAUGGUUUCGAAACCGAAGACAUUUACGCCCAGUGACUAAUAUGAGUGAUGACACCUCUCCCCAAGUCCCUGUGUCCCCUUGCUCUGGCCAGGAAAGAGAGCCAUCAUCCGAACCCUCCAAUGUCCCUCGUCAUUCACUGACUAGCUCAGAGGAAUUAAUGUUCCACUCGAGACACUGCUAUGAGCGUAAAGGGGGAGGGAGGUGUAUAGAUGUCUAA